AUGACCAAUCAGAGCUGCCAGGAACGGUUCAUCUUACUGGGUUUCUCAGACAGACCCAGGCUGGAACAUAUCCUCUUUGUGUUUGUCCUCAUCUUCUACCUUGUGACUUUAGUGGGCAACAUCUUCAUUAUCUUGGUCUCCCGCCUGGACCCUUGUCUCCACACGCCCAUGUACUUCUUCCUUACUAACUUGUCCUUCCUAGACCUCUGCUUCACCACCAGUUCCAUCCCCCAGCUACUUUUCAACCUAGGCGGGCUGGAUAAGACCAUCAGCCACAUGGGCUGUGCCAUCCAGCUCUUCAUGUUCCUGGGGCUGGGUGGCACGGAAUGUGUUCUCUUGGCAGUCAUGGCUUACGACCGCUUCACUGCAAUCUGCAAGCCCCUUCAUUAUUCUGUCAUUAUGCACCCUCGGCUCUGCUGGCAAUUGGUGUCUGUGGCCUGGGGGGUUGGACUCCUUAACUCCCUAGUUAUGUCUCCAGUGACUAUGAAGCUACCACGAUGUGGGAGAUGUAAGGUGAAACAUUUCCUAUGUGAGAUGCCAGCUCUGAUAAAAAUUGCCUGUGUGGACAGAGUGGCUGUAGAGACCACUGUUUUCAUCUUGUCAGUAAUAAUUGUCUUGGUGCCCCUGUCUCUUAUCCUCAUCUCGUACAGCUACAUUGCCCUGGCGGUGUUGAGAAUCCAGUCGGCUGCAGGAAGAAGGAAGGCUUUCAACACGUGUGGGUCCCACCUCACUGUAGUCUCCUUGUUUUAUGGGAAUAUAAUCUAUAUGUAUAUGCAACCAGGAAAUAAUCCUUCUCAGGACCAAGGGAAAUUCCUUACCCUCUUCUACAAUUUGGUGACCCCUAUGUUAAAUCCUGUUAUCUACACACUUAGAAACAAGGAUGUGAAGGGUGCACUGAAGAGACUUGUGUCUAGAAAGCAAGGUGACAGUCACUUUUUCUAA